GCCUCUGAUGAUUGUCACACAGAAGAUCACGACCUUGGCAUUCCAAGUUCAUGAUGGAUUAGGUCGAAGAGCUGAAGACCUCUCUGCUGAGCAACAUCGACUUGCUGUGAAAGUAAAACCCUCUUUUUUGGAAUACUUAAGCUACCUUCUCAACUUCAUGAGUGUCAUAGCUGGCCCUUGCAACAAUUUCAAGGAUUAUGUAGCCUUUAUUGAGGGGAGACACAUACACACGAAGUUGCUGGAAGUGAACUGGAAGCAGAGAGGUUUCCACAGCCUACCAGAGCCUUCUCCCACUAGAGCUGUGAUACGCAAGCUGUGUAUGACCUUGGUGUCUCUCCUCCUGUUUUUGACGCUCACGAAGUCCUUCCCUGUCACCUGCCUGGUCGAUGACUGGUUUGUUCAUAAAGCAAACUUUCUGACUCGACUCUGCUACUUAUAUAUUGUCAUGCAAGCCUCAAAGCCCAAGUAUUACUUUGCCUGGACAUUAGCUGAUGCCGUGAAUAAUGCAGCUGGCUUUGGGUUCAGCGGAAUGGAUAAGAAUGGAAAUUUCUGUUGGGAUCUGCUUUCUAACCUAAACAUCUGGAAAAUUGAGACUGCCACAAGUUUCAAAAUGUACUUAGAAAACUGGAAUAUUCAGACAGCUACUUGGCUGAAGCGAGUAUGCUAUGAACGGGUUCCAUGGUACCCCACGGUGCUAACCUUUGUCUUGUCUGCCUUGUGGCAUGGUGUCUAUCCUGGAUACUAUUUUACCUUCUUAACUGGAAUCCUCAUCACAGUAGCAUCCAGAACGGUGAGGAACAACUACAGAUGUUACUUCCUUUCCUCAAAAGCCCUCAAGGUUGUGUAUGAUGUGGUCACCUGGGCAGUCACUCAGCUGGCUGUCUCUUACACUGUCGCACCCUUUGUCAUGUUGGCAGUUGAGCCAACCAUCAGCUUAUACAAGUCCAUGUAUUUUUAUUUACACAUCAUAAGUCUCCUGAUAAUACUCUUUCUGCCAAUCAAACCACACGCUCAUAUCCAGAGGCAGCCUCAGACUCUGAACUCCAUUAAUAAGAAAAAAAAAGACUGAUACCUCCAAGGAAGCCGAGCAGGUAAAACAGCAAAACAUCAGAAAGAGGAGAUCAAAGGCUCAAGGGUUCACCAGGGACUUAGAAGUGAUGUUUACAUGCUUUUUUUUUUUUUUUUUAAGUGCAGGGAGUAUUUU